AAAUAUGGUACCGAGCAGCAUGUAGCUUACACGUACGAAAUGUCUGUCAUAAAUUCGGCCUACAUUAUCAAAAUGUCACUCGUUAAAAAUUUAAUUUUUAGAGAGUGAGAAACGUCGUGACCGAUAAUAUAUUUUCGCAAAAAUGACAACUUUAAAUAACGUAUUAAAAGCCAUAGAGGCUCUGAAUACAACUCAAGAAUCGAACGUUGUUCCGUCAGAUCCUAGCGCAAGGAAAGAUAAAAUAGCAUGUUGUGUGUCAAUAGCGGAAGGAAUAUGUUCACCGAAUGUAAAAAUGGCAAGCAAGUUUUCUCAGGUUCUUACUCUUUCCAUCGAAACAUUGUUAAUGCUGUGCAAUGAUAACGAAUCCGAUAUUAGAAUGGUAGCCGAUGAAACUUUGAAUAAGAUUAUAAGGGCCAUGACAGACAGUAAUAUUGUUAAGGUUCAGAUAGAACUUUAUAAUGAAAUAAAAGCAAACGGACCAGCUAGAACAUUGAGGGCAGCUCUGUGGAGAUUUGGACUUCUUAGUCAUAUGAUUCGUCCUACAAGAGGAAAAGCUUACGUAUCUAAUUUAAUACCGUGCAUAGAAACUAUUGCACAACGUUCAGAAGAAGCAGUAAUAGAAACGUUAUCUCAAUCGUUACCACUAAUUAUGAAAGCUUUAGGGCCAUUUAUGACAGACAAUGAUGUCAAGACCUUGUUGAAAGCAUUCUUCGAAAAUGUAUGUUCAGUACAAGCAGCAUUUCGCAGGGCUGCUGCAAACAUGAUUCUAACAACAUGUCUAAAUUGCAGAAAGCCGCAAUUCUUUUUAAAUUAUGUAUUGAAACAUCUUUUAGAUAUUAUAGUACCUAUAGGCGAAGAUGAGAGCCGUGUAGCUACGAUUAUCGGUAUAUUUGGAUGCAUAAGAAUAAUAUUGCCCUACGUAUGCAAUCCUUUAGAACCUCAAGACGACGAGACAGUGCAGAUAGAUAGCUUGUUACAAAUUUACGAAUUAUGUUUACAUUAUACAAAAUGGCAUUCGGAUCAUAAUGUUAUAAAUGCUGCUUUGGAAACUUUGACUCAACUUUUAAAGUCACCUCCGAAAGCUCUAGUAUGUUUGUUGUUAUCGAAUAAAGGUACAACGUAUAAUAGGGUAGCAUUAAAUCAAAAUGAAGCAAUGUUAUCGUUGAGCCAAACGAGUAUCUCUAGUACUAAUACUGCUUGCUGUGAAAAUUCGGAAUCUACAUUAAAUUUACUCGAACCUGAUAUGCCGGACAUAAAUCCAAAAAUAGAAAAAUGGAUAUUAGAUUCCGCGGAUGCGCACUCAUUAGUGCAGGAUUUACAAACUCGAAAGGAGGAUUCGAGCGAUAUAAUAGAAAUGAAAGGAAAGAUAAUGGAAAAUUAUAGCGGUCUGAAGAUCGGAGAUAUCGACAAUGAAGCUGUAGAAGAGGGUAGCGACAUUGGAAGUGAAAUAGAAAAAUCAGAGAAAAUUUAUCCGAGUUUACAAAGCGCUAUAAAGGAUUUAGAUUGUUUCGAAGAAGUCGCUUCGUCUAUUGCUUCUCCUAAAAAGCUUUCUUUAGACUUCUCAUUGCGGGAAAUAGACAUUGGAACUGUUACAGAUCCUGACAUACCUCUAAAAUUUUGCUGUCGUUAUUUGGUGUCGUCUUUUCUCUUAACUGGCAAUGUUGGUCACGUAAUGCCAGAUAAAUAUUUUCGUGUUAGUGUAAAAUCUCUUGCUCUAAACUGCGUGGCUUAUAUUUUAAAACUUUUUCCGAACAUGUUUUUAAUGCCAAUCGCCAAAGAAUCGAAUUUUACCGAAAACGAACAAAUGAUAACAGAUAUAUUAUUGUUUGCAAAUCAUCCAGAUCCUCAGAUUAGGGGUAAUAUAUCGAUCAUUAUCGGUACCUUUUUAAAAUCCGUGUAUACUCAAUAUGGUGGAUCUUUUAAAAACUUCGAAGCAGAGAUCGUAAAAAAGAAUGUACAUGAAAGUGUGUUAUUAGAGAAUUUGAUAAAAUUACUUUUAAAGGGAUUAGAAGAUGAUUCUGCUACAACAUGUCGACAGACGUUAACAGCGCUUAGUUUGUGUCUGCCAGAGUUGUUGGAAUCCGUCGACAAUAAGUAUGGAGUUACUAUAUUAACUGCAUUACCUCAACUAGUAAAGAAUCCAUAUUUUUUGGUAAAAGUUAAAUUAGUAGAACUAUUGAGCGAGAUAUCAUAUGUUACCAUAGAACAUAUAGUUGGAGGAUCAAUGUUCCAAGAACAUUUCGUCAAUGUUAUCAUAACGCUAUUAGGUGAUCAGGACCAGAGAAUUAGACAUGCAGCGUCGGAUGCUAUUGUAAAGAGUAUUCCUCUAUUACACUUUCAACAGCCACAAGAGGAUGUUGUUACGAGAAAAGCCGUUCAAUACACGGAACAGUUUUUAAGCGUUGUAAAUAGAAGCAGUUCAGAAUUAUCCUCGUGCCAAGAGAAACAACAGCUAUUCGUGAAAACGUCUAUACAGCCAUUUGCAUCUUUAAAUCCUCAUAACGGGAUACACUGUCAUCAGAAUGUAGAAUACUCGUUGUCUAUUGUAGUCAAUAUGCUGGCAGAAGUUCUUGGAGUACAAUCCUCGAAAUAUUUAGUGUACGGUUGUUGCGAAGCUCUUUUCCAUUUAAGCGACGUAUAUACCACUACGAUAUAUAUCAGAGGAUGGGAUUGCAUUUUACCAAAGACAUUGUUGAAAAAGUCUCAUAAAAAGAGCAGUAGCCGGCUAGACAUUAGCGAAUCAAACUUUACAAGCGACAUGAUGCCGUCGUCUGUUAGUAACGAUCUUUUAUCUUUAGCUUUACCUCUGCUAUCGUCAUCUCCUAUAAGCCUAGACUUGUCGACGCAUAAACACUUGAUUCUACUAGCUGGCAAUUUAGCAUCAGGUUUGGCUUUCGGCAAUUUCAAACCCAACGACCCGUCUAAAAGUUGGGGUACGUUUAAAGACAAGCAAAUAGAGCUGUUAUUGACUCAUGUCGCCAGAGUGUUGAAUAUAUUUGUUCAUAUUAUCGACAAAGUACAGUUGGCGCAACCGAGUGCAAAAACGACAUUGUCGUCUUUGACGUCUACGCAAGCAUUAUCCCCGAAGAAAAAAGUUGUGCCUGAACAGAAAUCGAAGGAGAAGGGAGAACGAAUUGGUGGCUUGAAAGUUGGAAAAGAACAUAUUGGUGCGUUUGUUUCAGUACCGCAUUACAUGAAAAUGUACGACAUUCUCAAAGCGGCGCAUUUAAAUUACUUAGCAACCCUCGAACCGCACGCCAGCGAAAUGUAUUUGUCCCUUUUAAACGCGGUUCUGGAUGUGCUGUCUCAGAUUCUCGAAAUUAUAUCGUUUAACGAGGCAGCGCAGAUCACGGAAGAGGUUUUAUAUUAUCUGCAAAGUACAGUCGUACUCUCGCCAACCGCGACUGUCCAAUGUGUUCAGCAAUUACUGAAAUGUUUAUGUAGCACAAACGUGUAUGCGCAAUGGAACGAAUCGGACGGCCAGAAAAAUACAGAUAGGAUUGCUAUGAUCAGAGAUGGCGUUAAGGGAUUUUAUAAUCAUUGCUUUCAAAAUCCCGCAAGGCAAAUGGCGGACACUAUAAAAUCUAUAGGAAACAAUUGCAGGGGUGAAAACGAACCGGACACUAGGUGGGUAGGAUUCUUACGUAGAAAAGGCGAUAGAAAGUUUUCUUCCGCCUUUAAGAAUUUAUCACGUUCGCCGGAUCAAAAGAAUUCCAUAGCUUCGUUCAUUCGUCUUUUCGAGCCAAUGGUCAUAAAAUCGUUGAAACAAUAUACUGUAACGAGUAGCGUGCCAUUACAAUGUCAAGUAUUGAUGCUGCUGAGCCAGCUGGUGCAGCUCAAGGUUAAUUACUGUUUACUGGAUUCUGAGAGAAUAUUUAUCGGAUUUGUUCUGAAGCAAUUUGAAUUUAUCGAGGAAGGUCACGUACAGCAAACGGAGUACCUUCUGCCAAAAAUCUUCAAUUUCUUGGUGCAUUUAUCGUACGCAAAGAAUCACUCGAAAGCUAUAAUAGGAAUCCCCAAAAUAAUUCAAUUGUGCGACGGUCUUAUGGCGAGCGGGCAACCAGCUCUCACGCAUUGCAUACCAGCUGUUGCUCCAGUGGUCGAAGACGUGUUCUUAGUUCGAAACGCGAGUUCGAACUUGAUGGAACAGAGGGAAUUGGAGACAACGAGAGAAGUACUGAUUUCGAUGCUUUUACGUCUCGCGGAGUACUAUCAAAUCAUCGAGCUCUUAGCGUUAUGCUUGACGGAGUCUAGAUUCAGUGGAGACGGAAACGGCGAAGAAAAAUGGCGUAGAUGGUCCAGAUUGACGAUGGACACCAUCCUUCCUAUGUUAGCAGUUGGAAAAGUUCGGAUAGAGUCGGAGAAAGCUCACGUUGCUCUGGUUAAAUUGUUUGCUGCAAUUUCCCCUACGGUAUUCAGACCGGUCGAUCCUCUUUUAAAAGUACUUUUUGUUAUGCCAGUUUCUGUGGAGACGUCGAGUUUGCGAUUGAAACGAUGGUUGGGAAUGAUCAACGUCGUCUUGUUAUCGUUAAUUUCGUGUGCGAAAGAGGAAGCAAUGCUGGCGCGUCUUUCCGAUUUAAGCGCAAAUAUGACAGAUCUCUCGCAAUCGUUUCUGCUUUCAGAGGCCUCUAGUCGAACUAUGGAUCCUCUGAACGUUUUAGGAAUCCAGUCUAUCGAUGUUCCGCCAGAGAGAAUAUUGGCUAAGUUUAUAUUCAAAGUUAUCGGUAAAGUGGGCUCCAAAGUGCACAGUCUUCUCGGACUGAUCGACCACAAAGCGAACGACACGUUUGUUGGAUUCGUCGACUCCAUGGAAAACGACCAUUAUCUAGUUCAUCAGUUCGCGUUCUUUCUGCAGUUGUGCAUUCAUAUGUUCGAGUCUGGAAGUCACUGCAAAGUCGCGAACGCAACAAUGCAGAUGAUUCAAGGUCGUAACGUUCCAGACGACGAGAAGUUACCGAUCGCCGAUCUAAAUUGUACUAUGCUGAACAUUGGAAACAAAUGUCCGACAUUGACGUGUCAGUGGGCCUAUCUGAUGACUCUAUUGGGGUACAAUGAAAUGACUUUCUGGUCAAAAGUGCUCGGCACUCAUCGUUCGGAGUACGUAGUGCAUUCUACGCAUACCGAAGAAAAGAAUACCGAUUAUCCGAGUAGUAUUAAUAUUCAGAUUGUCAGAAAAGGUGGUAUAAUACUGUUCUGUGAUUACGUUUGCGAGAAUCUGAGCGACGCGGAGCCUCUAACGUGGUUGCUGGUCAACCACACGGAAGAAGCGGUAAGCAAUGCCAUCGAGUCUCCCGUCAGAGAUUUAUUGACAGCGGCUGUGCACAGGAAUCCAGCAGCCAGCGGGCUGUUGGUGCAAGCAAUCGCGACCAAGUGCACGGACUUGUCUCAACCCAGUUUUGUUAAGCGUCUGUUGCAAUGUAUAGAAGGCGCUCAUUACUCGCAAAGUGGAGCAGUUUUAACGACGUUGAUACCAAGAUUACUGUCCACCAAGUAUCUCGCUUUGUCUCGAAUGGCAGCGAAAAUAGCUAGUCGAAGAGUGGAGAUUUUGCUGACCACGUCCACCGCAGACGCGACAAAAUAUUUGCCAAAAGAUGACUUCGUCAAGAUAAUGGAUACUUUGCAGUCGACUAAACUGGCAAAGAAACACGGUGGUUUAGUCAGUCUAUUGAACAAGCUGGGUGUACAAUAUUACGAUCUGUCCCCUCUUGAACUGGAUCAGUGUAGACCGUUCAAUCCUUCUACCGUAAAGAGUAUUCAGCUGGAUCGCAAUUGGUUUCUCUCUCAGGUAAAGUUAAGGUGUUGCAAUCCGAACGCCAGCAACAACCCCUCGGAGGCCGCUCAGUUAUUAAAAGAGUUAAAUUACGAAGACUGUCUCGGCAUUCUUUCUUGCAAAGAGUUCAACGUUACGAUUUUAAAGCCUUGUAUAACAUUGGGUACACGCACGAGCCUCGAAAAGUGCCAAAAGUUCGAAUUGGACGUAGCUCAGAACGAAAAAGACUACAAUUUCGAAGCUAGCGCUCUGUACAGAGCAGCUAAGCAAUGUUUAUUGGAACGAGUUCAUUACGUCAACGAAUUAAUGCCGAAACCUCACCAGAUCUAUAAUCCAUCGCGAUCCAACGCCAAUUCGAAGGAGCUUAAGUAUGUAAUUCGGUUCGACGAACUCCUGAACGAGUCGGUGUACUGGGACGUGCUUUUCAUGUUAAUACCAGCUGUGAAAAUGUACAUGAAAACGUUGUCGAAGCUUGCGAAGUACGACUUGGCGAAAUUAGACAUGAGAUCCGAAGAAGACCUUGCCAAGUUCGCGGUUCUGUGUCUGGAGUUGACGCAUUGGAUGAUACACUCCGAUGCGAACAAGGUGAAAAAGCUGAGACCAAGGGACGCGAAGCUUGCGUUGAGUUGCGCGGCCGAGAUCUUGAAACACCCUGGGCCGAAUAAAAUUAUCGGAGACAGCGCAAAGUACUCGUGGGUCUGUACCGCUGCCGCUUCGUUAACGAGAAUAGUCGAGUUUCUACUAACGACGAUCGACUCUUUGCCAGUUAUAGAUGCGCGCGCUUUAGAACCAGCGUUCGAGGACGAGGACACUAAAGAGUUCGGUAAAGCUUGCGCUCGAAUGGCUGCCCUGGUCGCUUGGUUAGAACACUGUCAGAAGGAAGGAUCGUUGAGAAACAUCUCGCGUUAUCUGUUCGAUACGAUACAAGGUUUAAUCGUGAGCAUUAGUCGCCAGCCAUUGGUGAAUUCUUACAUCUUGACGCCUCCGUUGGUUUGGAAGCAAAACUGGGACGUCGUUGGUUCUGGCCCGACCAAAUGCUACUUUCCGUUGUUACCAUCCGAGUCGAAUCUUCUGCUGGAAGUAGAAAUCCUGGAGCAAUUCAUUUACAGGAUAAACUUGUUGGGCUGGAUUUCGCGGCUGCAGUUCGAAGAAAUAUGGAUGGCCCUUUUAGGAGUUGUCAACCUCUCGCAGAACGAGACUGUAAUUUCCGAGGAGAUGCCCACUCUGGUACAAGCGAGUAGCUUAGCCGUGCAAGCGAUAACGAGACUAUUGUUGCAGACUUUGCUUCUUCCUUACCCCGGCAAUCCGAUAGCUAGCACUCUGAUCCAUUGCUCGAGGGAUCCCGAGCUCUCGGUUCACAAAAUUAGCUCGCAAAAGUUGCACGCGAUUCAGGACUUGCUCGCGUGGAAGUACGAAUGCAUGAACGACUUGGAGAGCGCCGGUGGCUUGAACAUGGAUCACGUUUUUCAUCGCGGGAACGUGGAGAAAGUUGCAAGCUCGAACAAGUACACGUACAGUCAGUUAUCGGUAUCCUACCUAUGGUCGUCGUGCAACUUGUACGAGGACAAACUUAACACCUCUGUUCUCAACUUGAAGAACAGAAGAAACGACGCGUUGAUGUCUUCGUCGCUGGACUUGGACUCCUGUCUUCGAUUUUUGGUGGAGCUCUACACUUCUUGGACGUCUCUGCAAACCAAUACGCCUGUGCAGUUGCUUACGGAGAUCGUCAAAUCUAUUCUAGCCAUUUCAGAGUUGUUUGUGGAGCGGACUCAGUAUCAGUGGAUGCUAGAUACGUGUCUGGAGAUCUCGAGGAUUCAUCCUAUUGAAAAUGUUAUUUUGCAUCAAUACUUGGUGGUAUCUGUAUGCAAAGCUGCCGCUGUAUUAACGCCAUUGGAUCUUGAAACGUUGGAGAAGGUUAAACGACUGGUAGACGUCAGUCUCAAAUCAGGAUUCUUGCCCGUGCGAGUGGCCGCUCUUCAUGGGUCCUUGUAUUUGUUACAAAGCGCCGUAUUAACGAAUUGCGAGGAAACCAUGAACAUUAUACACCCUCUAGCGAUCGAAUAUAUACAGAAGCACCUCGACGCGCAAGAUUCCAAUAGCGUAUUAAGCCAGAGCGAGGAGCAUCAAGGCGUGAUGUGGGCUUUAGUGUUCUUCCUGCUCGAACACGCGGAAGACACUCCACCAGACGCGGAAGCUCCAGCAGUGCUUGAAUUGGUUCUCACCUUACUAUCGUCCCAAAACAUUUCCUCCAGCCUGCAUCAAACUCUUCUGCAGGGCCUCGAGCGACUUGUGGUAACCAAAAGCGUGAUCGGAAACGUGGCCGAGCAAAUAGUAAAAGUCGCGAUAGACCGUUUGAAGCAACCAAGUCCUAUGCUGUCAUUGCCAGCUUUACAAUUGCUGCUGACUUGUAUGUACACGGACGCAGCAGAUAGACUGAAUCAGCCGGAAAUUGAAGAGCCGCUACCAGAUGUAGAACCGGAAGCACUGGUUCGAUCCAUAGAGCGUACCUCCGCAAUUUUCGACAAGAUCAGGAAAGGACAUACGAUGGAAGUGGAGCUUCUCUGCACGGUUCUCUCGGGAGUAUUAGGGGAUUUCUUUCCGCCGUCUGAGAUAUUGACGAAAGUUAUAGGAGAAUUUUUGUCGCCCCAGCAACCACACCCGAGAUUACUUUCCGCUGUUGUUUUCAAAGUCUGCGAGAGAGCGUGCACUUGUGCGCAAAUGGAACUUCUUCAAGACUGGGUCGUGUUCAGUUUGCCAAAUUUUAUUCAAAGUUUGCCCGUGACGAUGUCAACGUGGUGUUUGUCGUGCUUUUUCAUUAGCGCAUCUACGAAUCAAUGGUUGAGAGCCUUAUUUCCAUACGUCCAAUCGAGAAUUGGCAAGUACGAAUACGAGGAUAAAAAGAUACUUUGUAUCGCAGCUUCCGAUUUCUAUCACAAGUUAACCAAGGAAAGUCAGAAGAAGGCUUUCGUAGAAACGUUCGAAGCAGCAGCAAAGGAACCUGGAACAUCGUUCGGUGAUAUUUUAGCGUCGUUUUAGCUAGUCUUGUUGACCUUUUCCGUAAGUGAGGUCCACAUCGAAAUGAGAGGUAUUCGUGUAAAUGUAAAUUGAUGUACAAUCAUUGCGCGGUGUACAGGUGAAUGUAUGUGACGAUAUUUAUUUUACAUCGUGUAUUGUCAGGAAGAUGCAACUUGUUUUGAAAUAAACACAAUAUUUUUU